CUUUGUGUUUUUUUUAAAUGGUAUAGAGUAUAGACAGGUAUGAAUGAAUACACGUCAAUGAAAUGGAAUAACUGAAUUGUUGGUACUUUGUUUUAAAAAUAAAAUGGACAUUGUGCAAAUAUUGGAUGACACUCAAAGAACAAGUCACUUUACUGUCGAUGACUUAGAUGUUGAAAUUUUGCCGUUAAUAUACGAAAUUAUUCGCAGUGUAGAAAAAGAUCCGUACGAUUCUAAUCAAAAAGUUAAGGAAUCUCAAGAUACGAGUUACAAGAUCGUCGAUUUACAAAAAAAGUUAGACUCUGUAAGAGGGCAGGUUAAAAAACUGCAAGGAAUAGAACACAGUAAAGAAGACCAACUUCAAAAUUUAGAAAAUCUACGAAACCAGUUGAGGCUAAAGAGGGAACUUCUUUUAAAAUAUCGUAACAUGUGCAGUUUUGAUAUGUUUAAAAUUUAAUUAUUCAAAACUAUAAAAGUAAUAAAAUUAUAAAACAAUGGUUUUGAGACAUUUUAUACGCAAUCUAAUUCACAAUGAAUAUAUUGUUAACAAACUUGCAGAAUCUAAAUUGUUUAGACGAAUUGCCCAACUAACAAUUGUUCUUUUUUAUCGAAUGAAAGGCAGUAAA